CAUGUAACAUGAAGUGAAAAUAAGUACCCUGGCUACCUUGCUCUCGGACUGUCCGACAAAUAACACGGCAGUCGCUGUGGGCCGAUGACUGCGUUGGCCAGUCCGCCAGCUCAUCAGCAGGAGUUCAGCAGUGGCUUUACCCGCGGCCGGGAUCGCCGCUUCAGAUAGUCGCGUGACCGCCUUCGGCUCGUGCUACUGCUGAUGCUGCAGCUGCUACUGCUUCUACUGCUACUGCCAUUGGGGCCGCAUCGUCAGUCGCUGGCAGUAGCGGGGGCACCGGCGGGCGCUGGUACCAACAGCACCGGCACUGCCAGCACCGUCAGCGGCAGCACCGGCGGCGGCAGCGGUGUCCACCUCAGUGCUCAUGCGGCGCCGGCGGCUGAUGCGCACACAAGUGCGGGUGCGGGUGCGAGUGAGGCGGCGGGCAGUGCCACCGGCAGCGGCGGCGGCGGCGGUCAGGCGCCCGGCACAGCGGAGGGCGACGACGACUUGGCCCUCUGGAACGCAGCCUUUGACGCCCUGCUGCAGCAGCUGGCGGCACUGGAGGCCCUGGCGCCACUGCCCCUGGAGGGGGAGGAGGGGCAGGCGGGGGAGGAGGGGGAGGAGGGCGGAGGUGGUGCAGCGGGACGGCAGCAGCAGCAACGGCAGGAGGAGGGGGGAGCAGCAGGAGGAAGCGUUGCGGCGUCGGCGGCAUUAGGGAACGGACCAGCAGCGUCGGCGGCACCGGCAGCGGCGGCACCGGCUUACGGCGGCGACGGCAGCGGCGGCGGCGGCAGUAGCACACUGGACGGCGCUACUGCCGAUGGCCACGGCAGCGACUACGAUGAUGGCGGCUGGUCGCAGGAGCUGGUGGCAGGUAUGGCGGAUGACCUGCUGACACGCAUGUCCGACCUGUGGGUGGCAGUGGCGCCGGAGGUGGCGGCGCCGCCAGCAGACGGCGGCGGCGGCAGCAGCAGCAGUAGCGGCGGUGGCGACGGCUGGUCGGAGUUGGCAGGUCUGCAGGAGUUUGCCAGCUUGUUGGCGCUGCUGGAGCAACACCAGCAGCAGCAGGGGCAGCAGCAGCAGGGGCAGGUGCCGCUGGGGCAGCCGCAGCCGCAGCAGCAGCCGCAGCCGCAGCCGCAGCCGCAGGGGCAGCAGCCGGGUCACGGGCGGCGGCGGCUGCACCAGACGGGCCCGGUGGGCAGCGGCAACUACGCCAACGCGUUCCGACUUGUGUUCGGGAACUUCUUCGACCUGGUGGGAGGAGCCGGCCGCUACCUGGCCACGCUGGCUGCGGAGGCCAAUCUGCUGCUGCUCAACCUGCCCUGGAUCCGUGACCUGGCCUACCUCGCCACGGCGCCGCUGGACAACCUGGUCAACUCCAACCCCCUGCCGCUGCCGCAGAGCAACGCGCAGCUGCGCGCGCUGCUUGUGACGGCACUGAACGCCUACUGCACGCCGGAGGUCACCACGCCGCCGGCGCUGCUGCUGGGGUCGUACAAGGGCCCCACCCUCAGCCUGGCCAUACAACCAGCCGUGUGCCCGGUGCAGGUGGACUUGGAGACGGGCAAACGCUCCAUCCAAUGGGACGCCUGCACACCCGCCCGCCUCAGCAUCACCCUCACACCAGCCACCUACACGGGCAAGUACUAUAGCGCGGGCCGGUACGCGGGCAAGGCCUGCCGCUACAGCCGGGUCCUGGGCACCGACGUGACGCUGCGGCUGGGCGGCGGCAGCACCGCCACCACCCUGCGCAGCUCGGCACGGCAGCUCGACAUCGUGCCCGUCCUCAACCAGUUCUUCUUCAGGGGUCUGUUCAGCGCCUUUGUCGCCGACAACAUCGCCACCCGCAACAUCACGGGAGGGCCGGUGCUGCAGGCCUCGUCCGUGGCAGCGCCUGCGCCCGGCGCCGGCACCAAUGGGGCUGUGGUGUUCCGCACGCCCGCGGCAGCCGCGGCGGCGGCAGCAGCGGGAGCAGCAGGGGGCUCGGGUUUACAGGGCGGCGGCGGCGGUGUGGGUGGAGGGGCAGGCGGCGGGGUAAGUAGUGCCGGGGAGGAGGUGCCUACCUUGUACAAGGCCAGCGGCUGACACGGGGUGCCGCUUAACGGUAGGCGUUUAUGUGCUGGCUGUGCCCCUAUUGCGCGGCAUCAAUGGCGGUUUGGUGCGCGCCUUGACGACGGGGUGCGUUGGGGCAUGCCAAGCGAAGCCAAUGACGACACCGCUGGGCUGUGUGGGGUGCAAAGUACGCGGAACGAAGGACGUGCGGAGGCCGCUGAGAGCAGGUUACGUAGGGUGGCGGCGUGGCGGCGGCGUCUGACGUAUGCCACUCGCACGGAGAAACUCAUAUUGGCAUCGUUCAGUAUGUUUUCGAACAUGGCCAGUCGACUACGUUAUUGUGAUGCCUAAUUGUGUGUUAGAUGCUUGUAAUCGCGAAAUGGCGGCCAUAUGGGAGGCUGAGCGUCGCGCAAUUGUGGGCGGUUUGGGCGGGGGUAUGGGUUUGGGCAGGGUUAAGUGGGUAACGCACGCAGGGUGUGGGAAGCCGGGAUGUGACCGGGGCAAGAGGACACGGAGUGGGAAGCAUGUGAUGUCCUAGCAUGGUGCAAAGGAUUGUGGAGUUCGCACGAGAGACCAUGGACGUGCUGUUUUGCUUGCUGUCUGGCCCGCUGCUUCCUUCCCGGUUUCU